CGCCUCCUCAGCCGCCGCCGCCGCCGCCAGUGGCGAGACCCCGACCUGGCGGGUCAGCGCUGGGCGUGCGUGCGGGCAGGCGGGGGCGCUGACGAGGAGCAGGAAGCGGCGGCCGCACCAGCGUGGGCGGCUGGCCGAAGCGGAGGCGCAGAGAGGCGGCGGCGGCGGCGGGUCGCGUUCGACUGCCCUCCUUGCUCAGCAUUAUGGAUCCAAGCCUGUUGAGAGAAAGGGAGCUGUUCAAAAAACGAGCUCUUUCCACCCCUGUAGUAGAAAAACGUUCAGUAUCUUCUGAAUCAUCAUCAUCAUCAUCUAAGAAGAAGAAAGCAAAGGUAGAACAUGGAGGAUCAUCAGGCUCUAAACAAAAUUCUGAUCAUAACAAUGGAUCAUUUAACUUGAAAGCUCUAUCAGGAAGCUCUGGAUAUAAGUUUGGUGUUCUUGCUAAGAUUGUGAAUUACAUGAAGACACGACAUCAGCGAGGAGAUACAUAUCCUUUAACUUUAGAAGAAAUUUUGGAUGAAACACAACAUUUAGAUAUUGGGCUCAAGCAGAAACAAUGGCUAAUGACUGAGUUAACUGAAAAAUCUUUCUUUAUCUUUAAGGCUUUAGGGGACCAGAUACUAUUUGUAAAUCGUCCUGAUAAGAAGAAAAUACUUUUCUUCAAUGAUAAGAGCUGUCAGUUUUCUGUGGAUGAAGAAUUUCAGAAGCUGUGGAGGAGUGUCACUGUGGAUUCGAUGGACGAGGAGAAAAUUGAAGAGUAUCUGAAGCGACAGGGUAUUUCUUCCAUGCAGGAAUCUGGACCAAAGAAAGUGGCCCCUAUUCAGAGAAGGAAAAAGCCUGCUUCGCAGAAAAAGCGACGGUUUAAGACUCAUAACGAGCACUUGGCCGGAGUGCUGAAGGAUUACUCCGACGUUACUCCCGGCAAAUAGGGAGCAGCUUGCAAAACCCUGAACAAAGCGUUACGAAUACACAAUCAAGAUCCUUCUUGGUGAUGCCUGGGCUCCGAGGACUGAGGAAGGAGCAGCUCAGUUUACAAGACAAGUGCAAAUUACCAAACUCAAAGCUUAUUUUGAUUGAACGGGCUGAUGAGAAAUGUGACGUUCUCUGUUAACCUUCUGUUACUUCUUGGGAGAAAGGCGCUUCGCAUGGCGUGCAGGUGUCUUUGCUAUUUAUUUCUGUUUCUAAAGGGUACCUGGUUCCAUUUUUCCUCUUUUAUUACUUUAGAGCAAGUUUGCAGAUAGUCUCGAAUGCAAUAUUUGUUUAUUCCAAAGGAACGUAUUUAUAAUAAAAUCAUCGUAGAAGGAUUUUU